AUGUCAAUCGAAGAGCAGCCUGAAGGGAAAAUUAUAAACGAAGAAGAACAGAAUAAUGAUAUAGUUCUUGCAAAUCAACCGAACAGAAAUAAUUUUCAAGAAGAAGAGGAAGAUUCGUACAAUGAAGAAGAAGAAAUAAUAGGUGAAGCACAAAUAGCUGAAGGUGAAGCAGAUCUGCCAGAAUACAGGCCUAAAAUUACAGUUGCACCUGGAAAAAGUAUGUAUGUAUGCCUUAUUAUCAUUUCUGUACUUAUGGUCUUAAAUUUCGCACUCAGCUUUGUAAAGACACCAUCUGGUGACGAAAUAGCAGACCCUGAAAAACUAGUUAAAAAGCUUAUUGCUGAUAUUGGCUCUCAAUUAUAUCAAGGAAUUGGAGAUAGAGAUUUAACUCAUUAUUAUUAUAAUUUACAAAACUUAGGCCAUAUGUUAAAUCUAAGUGACUACAAGAAGAUCGUUAUUGAUCAAUUUAGGCAAUCAGGUCUUGAAUAUUCACUUAAGAAAGAUUUAAUGAAUUUAGCUUCAAACUGCGACUACGAACAUUACAGAGCAAUCUCAAAAGUAAUCUUCAUGGUUUUUAACGAUUUUAUUUUAAAUAAUUACGAAAUUUCUUUUGAUAGGAAGUUUAUCAAAGCUAUAAUGCAUGGAUGCAUGGGAUUUGAAGAUGUUACUGAUCUUUUAUUCAUCAAUUUGAGAGCUCUCAGCUAUAUGGGUUACUACCAAUCCCAAAACAACGCAAUUAGUGUAAUUACAACAGAACUACCAAAGAUGGAAAGCGGACCAUGGUAUAACCCAGCAUUAGAUUAUAUUAAUAAGGUUGUUUCUGAGACAAAACUCCCACAAGCGACACAAAACAAAAUUGGUAAAUUUAUGGAUCAAAUUCCUCUUGAAAAUCUCGGUUAUAAUGCUAAAACUUCUUAUAACUCAAUCAAAGAAAACCUUGUUUGCGUAGAACACAUUGCAAACAAAUAA